AUGUCGUUCUUGUUGCCUUCACCGUCGGUGACAUUCGGUUUAGGAAGGCCGACUCCGCGUGGCUCCCAGACGUCCUGUUGUCUUGCUUUCCAUGACAUUUCCCCUCAAGCACCAACACAUUUUCUGGUGAUACCUAAGAAGCAUAUAUCCCAGAUUUCUGUAGCAGAAGAUGAUGAUGAAAAUCUUCUUGGACAUUUAAUGAUUGUUGGCAAGAAAUGUGCUGCUGAUCUGGGCCUAAAGAAGGGUUACGGCAUGGUAGUGAAUGAAGGCACAGAUGCGGGGCAGCCUGUCUAUCAUGUUCAUCUUCAUGUUCUUGGAGGUCGGCAGAUGAAUUGGCCUCCUGGUUAAGCAUGUUUUAGGGGUAAUUUUCCUUGCUGUUGGCAAUGAUCAGUUUUGCAAGUUCUAAUAUGCUAAACAGUACAUUUUAUUUUUGCCUGUGUACGGAGUGAUCCAGGAAAUAAUUUCUAAAACCCAUACAUAAUAAAAGACAUCAUUGCAUGUUCUGAAUUCUGUUUUUGAUUUAUUGCUUUAAAAAUAUAUAUGCUGGGAUGUAUGAAGGGAUCAUAAUUUUGUAGUUUUGUUUUUUUUUUCUCCCCAAGGAGGAUCCACAUAUGUACAUUGUUAUAGUAGUGUGACUGCUCUUUGAAGACAAAUUUAAAAAUUAUAAAUUUAGCUUUAGCUUUGAAAUAUACUUUUAAUCCAGGAGAAAAUUUACUAAUCUAGUUCUCUUAUAAUCUAAGAAUAAAGGAAUAUGUGACAUGAUUGACCCAGAAAGUGACAGUUUUGGGUUUAGAAACAAUGUUUUUUGACCAGGCCAUAUGUUUCCCCUGGAUUGUUGGGAUAAUUUGGAAAGGAUGAAAGUAGUUUUGUCACAGAAUUUUGAUGACCUUUGUGAAACCAUACAUUGGUAUUUCCUUAUCUAAAUUCUGGCUGAAUAUUUAUUAUAAAGACUUGAAAACCUAUUAGAAUUGACUUCACAUUGAAAUUUUAUAGUUUUGAAUGUGUAUGUGCAUGAAUCUGGCUAUGUGGAAUAAAGGAGGGAAUCUCAGAGUCUGAGUUCUCCUUAUGUAGACUGACAACCAAACAAAUAUUUUUUUAAUCCUCAUCAGAAGACAUUUUUCCAUUGAUUUUUUUUUUUUUUUAAUUAAGAGAGAGUGGCAGGGAGGAAGAAGGAGGGGGGAAGAGAGAGAGAAAGAAACAUUGACUGAUUGCCUUCCAGUGGGGCUAGGGAUCAAACUUGCAACCCUUUGGUCUGUAGGCCAACACUCUAACCACUGAGCAAAAUGCCAGGGCCAACUUUUGUUUUUAGUCUUGCCAUGUACCCUAGCCUUUCUGAAGGCCACUUUAGUAGGGUUUGACACAUUUAAUUGAAAAUUGUUUUUCUUCUUAAUUUUGUUAGUGAUUUUAGAAUCAUUUUGGGGGGCAGGAAUUAGGGAAAUUGAUCAUUUAUUGUCUUAAAAAUAAUUUUUCCCAAUUGUCAUUUUUUACUUUGUUUAUGGUGUUUAAAAUAUUUGUACAGUUAAUGUAUUGAUUUUUAUUUCAUAUUUUAGAAAGCCUUUUUCCCAUCCCAGGAGGAUUUUAAAAAAUUGUUAUUUUUCUCCCCAAUACUUUUAUGGCCUUAUGUACUUUUAUGACUUUUCUUAAGUGGGGGAAGGUCUGAGGAAGAGUUUUAGAGGGUUUGUGCCACUGUAAAGAAUGUAAUGAGAAGCAUUUGUAUUGUGUGUAAGAGGCUUCAGUCAGCUUUCUUUAGGUAUAUUUUUUACUAAUUUAAUCAGACCAGUGCUAAUAAAUCAGGUAGACAACUGCUAA